CUUUAUUCUCUCUGUAAUUUUUCGAGAGAGCGCUGCAGCGCGCGCUGUUUUCGGUUCCCAUUAAAAAAUAUUAUUAAAGAAACAUCGAUAUUCCUUUAAAGCCUGCGAAGUUGCGGCAUUCGAAGGGAUUUGCAGAGGAACCGAAAGGAAAACCGUCGCGAUUGUGUGUUUUUGUUUGCCUUUAAAAACAAAAAUCAUAAAUAUGGAUACUUAAAACAAGUAUAACGAUGUGUAUUAUGAUUUAGUAAAUAUAUAUCGAUUUAAUUAAUAAUUAAACUUGUUGUUUUCCGCGAGUGGGCGCGUUUUGUUACCUAGCCGCUUUUCGAUUUUCCUUUUUCCGCUUUUCCUGCGCGCGGAACGGGUUUUCCAGCAUAGCCUUGCGGUCAUUUUGCUCUCGUGCAGCAAAAACAAGGCUGAAAAACUAAAUUAAAGCGACAGGCUUUUGCGGCAAAUUAAUCGAUGUGCGGUGUAGACUUUUAAUUCGCAGAUUCAUCAUCGAUUUUUCCUUCGAGCACAGUGUUGGUGUCUGUGUGUGUGCGUGUGUGUGCGAGUCCUGGCAAUACAAAUAAGCAGUUGGGUUAGGUAAACGAAACAACAAAAGGAAGUGAACGAAAUAGAGGCAGAGAGAGAGAGAGGGAGAGAAAGAGAACGACAGAACGAAUCCUUGAGUGAUCACUCAUUGUAUCCUUUUCUCCAACUGCAGCUGUCACGAAAAUUCGCGCGUGUGUUUGUGUGUGUGUGUGGGAGAAAGAGAGAACACCGGGUGAUAAUUUCACUCCACUCCCCUGUGUUUGUGCAUUCAAAUUGCACAAAAUUCAAGCGGCUCGCCAAAUUCGCCAAAUUCGCCAAAUUUCCGUCCGCGAAUUGCCAUCCAUUUUUUUUGCACUCCCCCCAAGAGAGCGAGAGCAAUAAUAGAAUUAUCAGGCAGCGCUAAAAGAAAUAACAAAUACGAAAAGAGAAUGCCCUGGGAGGCCGUAAUGCCGCGACCCUCUGACAUUUCCAUCGUCGCCCACCAAAGGAACAGCAACUGAACUGAAGAAAAACAACAGCGGCAGCCCGACAAACAAACAAACAAAACAGCAAAAACGAGCGAAUCAACGAACGAAACUCCAGCAGCCUCAAAACCGCUGGCACAGUUUUCCUCCUUCAACUCCAACUCCGUGGAGGACCAGUGCUCGGCCAUGUCCGCCACUCUCUUUGAGAUGGCAUCGCAACCGGAGGAACAGCAGCAAGUAGUCUGCCUGGAGGAGCAGCAGCUGAUUGUGGGAAUGACCAGCUUGGAGCUGAGUGAAUCUGUGGUCACCCCGAGCAAUUGCGAUGGCAGUGACAGUGGGUUGGAUGUGGCCAGUUGUUGCCUUUCGCGGGUCACCCUACAACGUGGACUGAGUAGCACCAGUGGCGGGUACACUAGCAGCAAUGGUCUGGAGGAGAUCUACGAUAGCUGUGAACUGAAAGUGACCUCGGUGACCCAGACUCCCAGCGAAACGGGCAGUGAAAAGACCUCGCCUCCAAGGAGAACUGGUUCGGUGAAAAAGAAAGUGGCCAUGUUUGAGCCGGAGCAAAUAGGAACUCCUGCCAAGGAUCAAUUACGUGGUCGAGUGGCUAACUUAAAGAGAGCAGAGAGCCUGCCCAGGAACAGUGCGGCGCCGGGAACACCUGUCACGCCCUCCAACAAGUCGCGCCUUUCGACCUCCUCCUCCUUUCGAGUGCCCAGCUCCACGGCCACGCCCACUUCGGCCCGCCUGGCACGCCCCCAGAAACCGGAUACGCUGCCCAAUGCCCUGAAUCGGGCGCAGUCUGUCCAGCGACUCGCCCAGGUGCAGAGGACUCCCUCCCUGAGUCGAGCCAGGACACCGGGAACUCCCUCGGACGAUGGUCGUUGGCCGGCGAAUCGAGGAGCAGCACGUCGCGGAAUGUCAGUGACCCCCGAAGUGACGGCCAAUCGAAUGCGGGGAAGUCCUGCACCAGGAGGAACCCUUCCACGUCGCCGGAAACAGCAGUCCGUGGAGGAUCUCACUGGGGGACGUCUGUCCAGGAGCAACUCCAUCAGCCGAGCGGCCGUGGAUUCCCGCAUGACUUCCUCCGUGAUGGUGAUUCCCACGAGUCGCAGGAGCUUGGCUCCAGCCACCGCCAAGGUUAAUUCCCUGAGGAGACCUCAGACUGCGACUCCCAGAACGCGAAUCUAUCACGAGACUGCCGUGCAAACAGCUCUGACCAGUGAGGACUUGGAGCAAGUCCUGGGCGGUGGUAUGUUGCAAACCCGUGCCCUCGAUGCUGUGGAGCAGCGCAAUCAAAGCACCCAAGCGGAACCCGACCAGCGGGACUUCGAGCUGGAGCAACUGCGUCAGGAGGUGCGUCAGCUGAGUGGAAAACUGCAAAGGGAACGGGAGGAGAAGCUGGCCAUGCAGCAGGAACUGCACCUGAACACGGAGCGGGUGAUGGGGAUGCUGGAACUGGCGCGAGUGGUCAGUGCCAGUGCGGGAACACCCACAUCGGAGGACAGUGGCGAUGGCAGUGGCCAUGAUAGUCUCCUGAUGCUGGAGUCCCAGAUCCAAAUCAGUGGCCAUGAGCUUUUCGAGCGCCAGCAGGAGAUCGGCCAAUUGAGGGCCAUGUGCCGUGCCUUGCAGUUGGAAAUGCGAAGAUCCCUGGCCACUCAGCAGUUGCUACUGCAGGAGAAGGCCGCCAUCGAACAGGAGUCCAGUGAACUGCAGGACUUCCUCCAGCACGAGAAGGCGGCUCAGUGCGAUGCUCUGCGGGAUUUGGAAGCGGACUACCAAGCAGUCAAAUCGCAGUUGGCCAAUCGCGAGGAGGAGGCCAAGGUCCUGCGCGAUGAGUGUCGGCAUCUCGUGCGGCUCAAUGAACAGCGCCGCCAGGAGAACCGCCUGUUGCAAACUAAAUUUUCCGCUUUGGAGACCAAAUCCCGGGAGCUCAUCCACCAGCAGAAUGCCUCGGUGGCCGGGGCAUCCACUGCCCUGUCGGGAUUGCACUCCCGAUUGGAUGGUUUGGUGGAGCAACUGGUUUACUCCUACAGUAUUUCCGAGCAGGACUUGGAGGACAUUCGCUUCCAAGCGGAAUCGGAGCAGGUUCAGAACGGCCAGAGGCCCAAUGGCCUGGACUUGCCCAUUUGUCCUGCAGCCACUGGCGAUACCAUUCACACUUUGGUCCUGGCCAGUGAUGGUUCCUUGUCCCCCCAGCGCAAUCAGUCCUUCAUAGCCGCAGUCAUCGGUGCCAUUCGCCAGGCCACCACCCAUUCCGGCAAGCGAUUAUCCCUUCGCCAGGCGGGAAAGAGGAAUGGAGUGGCAGCAGGUUCAACUCAGGUGACGACCACUGGCACCACGGGUCAUGAGCCUCAGGGAAACGGAGAUGAUUCAGAUUCUACGGAAAUGCUGGACUCUGAGACGGAACCCUGCCUGCUGAUGAUGGACAACGUGUUGGAGGAUGUGGUUCAUCCAGAUUCGCAUUCUCACAACAUGGUCUCCUCUUGCACGGGAAUGAUCUCCCAGAUAGAGCUGCCCACGGAAUUGAUUAGUCAAUGUAGCCAUCAGAACAAUAUAAAUGGAGGUGCAGGAGGCGACGAUUCCCUGCAGCAGUUGUCCCAGGCCAUCACCAAUCGGCAGCAAAUGGAGCUGCAUAUGCACAAGAUGAAUGGCAUGCCCAUGAACCCUCGUGAUCAAUGCAACACAGAGGAGCUGAGUUGCCAUGAUUCACUGGCAGAGCUGGCGGAAUUGCCCUCGCUGAUGGAAUAUAGUACUGCUCAGGCUGUGGUGGAUCAGGUGAUCGAAGUGGACACCUUGGUGACCAAAUUGCUCAAGGUCCUGAGACUGGUUCAGCUGGACAACGACAAUUGCAUACAGCAAUUGAUAGUUGAUAAAAACAAACUGCAGCAGCACAAGGAGGACAUGCUGGAGAAACUAAAAGACUUGGAGGACGUCAAUCUGAAGCUGCAGGACGAACUCAUGGACGCCACCCAGGAGCUGAUGAUCAAGGGCAGCGACCUUGGCGGCGCCAAGGCCGAAAUGCAGCGCCAUCGCAACGAGAUCGACCGUCUGAACGAGGACAUCUGCACUCUGAGCACACUCUGCAGCAGCUACAAGAAGCUGUCGCCCAGCACGGAGUUUCCUCCCAUGCGGCUGCUUUCUCCAAACCAGGAUUCGGAGCAGGGCGAUGUCCUGGGAAUCCUUAAUCUGCUCAAGAUGUGGCAAGCCGGUGGGCAGCUGCAGGACCCGCGAGUCAGCGGCUACCUUCAAAUGGUCGGUGGCAACCAGAUCCAAACUCCUCAUCAGGAUAACAACAAUGUGGAACGCCUUAGGAUUUAUGCCAAUCAACUGGAGCAUGUAUCCCGCGUCCUGGACGAUGGACUGCCAAUGGAGUUGCAUGCCCCGCUCAGGCAGUUGCGGCAGGACAUCGAGGUCGUCAGGACGAAUGCCAACUGGACUCAACUGCUCGAACCAAACGAAACGGAUCACAAUGCCAAUGGCGAUGUGUCCACCACGCCUUGAAUUGUGUCAAAAACUGUUGUUAAUUGUCUAGUUAACUAUUAGAUCUUGAGCGUUGUUUACUUUUACGUAGUUAGUUACAAAUGUUUGCGUCCAAUUCAAAGCGAAACUGGCAUCGAUUGCAGUUGUAGAUGUUUUAACCACGUCCAAAACAAAGAAUAUUUUAAUGAAAUCAUGGCAUUCCACAAUCCGACUAGACUUCUUGAAGCCACUGCACAAGUGAUUUAGAAAUGAAUUUCAGUUAAUUAUUGCAUUUACCUUAUAUAGCAUACACUGCAGCAUUUUAAAAUUUCUGUGCUGCAUACUUUUCGUCUGAUACUGUUUUUCUGUAGGCCUAUUUAAUAUUAAUGGGUUAACAAGUAUUCGGUCCCAAGUAUUAUGGAAAUUCCUAGAAUUAUUCUUAUCCUAAAGUUAAGUUAAACUUUGUUGGGUAGCACUUUAAAAAGAAAACGCUCCAUCAUGCCACAUCAGUUUUGAAAAUAUAGCGCCAAUCACAAAGCAGACUUAGAAAUAAAUUAACUUUGUUUAAAGAAACGAACAUUUGCUUAUGAGAAAACGCCACAAAUAUCCUUGAGAUAUGGCACGCCUCAAACAGAAUUCCUUGCCGGAUUGCCA